GACCAGCAACUCAAAUUCAAACACACGGCCAACGCGAGCGGUUCGGUCCGGUUGUUUAAUGCGUUGUGCGAAAAAAUAAAAUAAAAAACUUUAACCAACAAUCUGUGGCCAAAAUAACGAAAAACAAACAGUUGAUAAAGAAAAGAAACACAAAGCAAUGGACAGACGGCUAACCGUCAAUUGAAAAGCAAUACUACAAUGAAGUUUUAUUUUUGGAUCAGUUGAGACCAAAAAAAAACAAAAUCAAAAAAAAAAAGAAGAUAUCUACAACAAAAAGAGUGCAUACGAGUGUGCAAUUAUCCAAAAAUAAAUACUCCACGUUGGACUUUGAAAUUGACUUUUUGCACCGACAUGGACUUAAGGGUCUUCAUAUUUUAUAUAUCCCUAUGGAUUGCCGAACUAUCGGCUCAACCCAUUAUUCCGGAGGAUGAUAUCGAACCCUACCAAUGUCCCCCGGACUUCAAUGACUGGCCCACCUAUAAUGACGGUUUCUCGUGCAUUCCCUGUGAGGGGCCCCAUUGUCCGAUAUUCGUGAUGGGCGAGGGAGUGGAUCACAAUGGAUGCCCCAUUUUUGAAUGCCUGGAAGAGGCGCCAGUUUGCAAAAACAGCACCACAUCCGCCAAAUACUAUACGGACAGGUGUACGGUGUGCGAUUCAUGUUCUGAACUUAAACAGUGUGUGGAGUACUGCUUAGUGGAGCCAAGGGAUUGUUGGUCCAAUAUAACCAAAGAGUUAAAGACCGACGGCGACUCCUGGACGGAGGACCAUGGCUGCAAGGAGUGCUCUUGCAGAGAGGGGAAUAUAUCCUGCACCCAGUAUUGGUGCAAGCCACUGGAUUGUAAACCCGAGGAGUAUAUCACUCACGAGAACGAAUGCUGUCCAACUUGCCCAGAGAAAGAUGCAGAUGACUUCUCUUACGAAGCACCAAGAGAAGUGUUCCCAGAAAGUUCCUCCAGCAUCCCUGUUUUGAAUUUCACUGAAGGCUUAAGCGAAAGUACAGUAUUUACGGAUUCGACUCCUAGCCCCGUGAAGAGCUACACAGAUGAUAUAACUAGUACCAUGGCCAGCAGCUCUGAAUACUUUAUAGAAACUUCUACGGAUUCAACAACGUUCUUUGAUCUAGAAAGCUCAACCGACUCAACCACAUCUCGAUUCUUUAACCUCGAUUCGUCCACAAAUGAUCAGAUAUCCGAAGAGCCGGAUUUCGUCAGUUCGACGACGGAACAGACCACUGAGAUGUAUGACAUAUCCACUGAGGCUGUGGAUCGUUCUACGGUAGUAACCGACACACCGUACAUUCCGGAGCUACCACCAGUUAUAAAUCAAACGAAAGAGGGUGGCGACUCGGAGCCAACUCGCAGAUCCACCAAAAACGAUGGCAUAGAUGAGUCCCUGACACAGGAAAAUUCCAAUUACUACAAAUGGUUUAUUUUUCCAUUGGUCUGCUUGAUUGGUCUAUUGAUUUUCACCUGCAUUGUUACCUACCUGAAAAAACUGAAUAAAGUCGAAUAUAAACCAACUUCAACAGGGACUCAACAGUCCCAGAAGGAUAGACCGGAGGAGGUGUACCCCUUCCUGAUGAUGUUGAAUGCGGAAACUAUCAACAAAGAGACGACACGAGUCGAGUGCACUAAACUCCAGCAAUAGGGUUCUGGUUCCUUCAUUUGUGCUCUAAUUUCUGUUAAGAACCUCUGCGAUAGAUGAAGGACAUCAUGAACUGCACUAAUUUAAAAAUUUUACUACUAAUAUUAUUUGGUAUUAGGCCGAAUAAUACAAACAUUAAGACGCCCCGCCACGUGACGUAUUUGAAACGGAAAUAACCUGCUGAGUUCGCACAGUUUCUGUCGAGAGUUGGGAACAUCGAUUUGGAAGAGAAUAAUCAUAUAUCGCAGAUCAUAGAGGGAAGGAGGAAGGCGUUUUUGGCACUAUACGGAUAUACACGGACAGCGGGGCAUCUUAACGCUGCAAGGAUGAAUAUAAAUUGAUAAAAUAAUUUAGUCUUUCUGUAAGAAGAAAGGAUCCUUCAGCGUAGUGAUUUUUGAUCUUGACAUACUUUUUGAUCUUCCCCUCUGCUAGAGAAAUGUAUACCAAAUUCGUAAAUUAAGUUUGCAUUUUAAUCAUUAUAGAAAUUGGCUAAGAUAGACAGUAAGUAAGACUAAAUUUAGACUUGUGAUAGUUUCAAAUAAUAAAUGGACGAAAAUUCAAAGAGUAUUACUAGGAACCACAUUAGUUGAUUGUAAAUUAUGAAACGAACAAGCACUCUCUCACUCAUACUCUAUAAAACAUUCAGACACACCUAAUAAAGUCCUAGGAAACGCA